CACUGUCUUUUCACUUCAAAGAUACCUACUGCUUAAGGUAUCUUUGCCCCUAAGCCGAUACUGUCAGCCAUCACAUUCAUCAUAAAGGCUAAAUUCUCUGGGAAAGAAGUUGAUUCUACCGUCACUAUUAAAAGUUAGGAAUCCAUUAAUUAUUGUGGACAAUAUUAACACAUUAUAGAUUGUUUGGGUUGGUUAGCAUUUCUGAGUAACUCCUCCCAUUGUCAAUUUUUCUCCUAUCUCGGUAGGGCCCGCCCCUUUCCAUUGCCUCAACCUGAAUAACUAAAAAGGGAGAACUUAUAGUUGCUUUCAAUAUUCAAGACACUCUCCAUUGCAGGUGGUUUUAAAAUCAGCAGGUCUCAAUUGAGAUUAUUUCUAGUGACUGAGUAUGACUGUUUCAUGCAACGAAUUCCAUCCAUGUGGGUUGAACAUAAAAAUUUGAAUUGUCGUGAUCUUCCAUUCUGCAUUUUUAAAAUUUCUGUUUUAUUAUUUCGAAAAAAUAGGAUUAAAAAUUGUUUGGAAGACAAAGAUGAGCUCACAUAUUGAAGCAUCCUAUACAACACUCUUGGACGUUUCAAACUUUCGAGAAGACACUCAAUAUGAACUCGAUGAAUUUAUUAAAAGACAAACGAAUUAUCGUAACCAGGAAGAAACGAAACCAAAACUUAGGAGAUCGUUAAGCUUGCCAUCCCAUAGGGUUGAGCGAGUUAAAUCUGUUGCUAAAAUACCAAAAACAUUUCUACGGCAGCCGGAAGGUAAACAAAAACCACUGGUUAAUCAGUAUAAUAUGCAACAAUCGGAAACAGCUACGGAUGCCAUGUUAGAUGCGGAUAUGUCAAUGGCUUCACAAUACCGGUCACAUACACGCAAUCGCAUCCGGACAUAUGACCCGGAUGAAUCACAACACCGGUCACCGAGCGUUAAUAAAACAACCAAAGGCUUUAAGGAAAUUAAAGUAGAAAAUGAGGAUAUAAGUAAAACUGAGUCUAUUAAAUCUCCAAACAUAACAAAAAGAUUCAGGAAAGCAUUUUUUAAUGUGUUUCCGAAGACUUCUUUGCAAGAUAACACAGCGAGAAUAGGAACAGAAAGCCCGCGAAAAUACAAAGACUUUGAAGAUUCGAAAUUAGCUUAUGAACAGUUUCGACGUCAAUUUGAUUUAGGAGAACAGUUUCACGAUAAAAAUUACCAAAACAAACAGAAGAAGAACAAACACAAAACAUUUGAGAAUAAAACGAGUAAUACUGACGUUAAUAAAAACGGUAAUAUGAGCGACGGCGUUAAAGACGUUGAAAUUGACGUUGACAAGUUUGACAAUAUUAAACGUGAUGAAAGCAUAAAGAAAUUUAAGGAGAAUGUGUCCGAAGAACAAAAUCAAUCAACUAAUCAGCUUUUGAACAAAAAGAUGCUUCACCAGGUUGAUACUUACGUUAGUUGGAUUAACAGUCAGCUGGAAAAGCGAUCAAACAGUCGUCAUGUUUUGAAUUUGUCACAAGAUUUACGAGAUGGUGUUGUUUUGUUGCAACUAGUCGAAGUUAUUAGCCGAGAGAAACAAAAUAUCUGCAAUGGUUCUUCCUUGUCUGAUAUGAGGAAUAACAUUAGUAACGUUUUGGAAUUUUUAUCGAGAAAUAAUGUUCGAAUACACCACAUCAUGCCAAAAGAGAUCAUGGAGGGAAAUUUAAAAGCCACAAUGCGACUUGUUCUCGCCCUUGCUGCUCAUUUCAAACCGGAUUCGUUCAAGUAUCAAACACUACAAAACACACCUGAAGGAGGAACUGGUACCAACCUACAGCGUGGCACGUCACUUGCGUCGCUCGUGACUGAUGCUGCUGCAUCUUUGGCUGAAGCCAGUAAGAAUGCAUCCAAUGGUGGAGUGUCUCUGCAUUAUAAACACAGAAACCAAUCUCGGCAAAUUUUAACACCAACCAAACUGCAAUCAUCGGAAUCUUCAAAUGCGUCAUCUCGAACGUCUUCAUAUUCAGCUCCAUCAACUAAGUCAAACAUAUUGAGGUUAGGUAACUGUGAAAUACCAGACCUGCCCCAAUCUCCAGGAGCAUCAAGAUCGCAGAGAAAUUUCUCGAAAACAAAACAAAUACCAAAAAAUAGUCCUGUGUUAGCCAGAGACGAGAACUUACAUGCUAGAAGAAAGUUGAUCGCAGAGCAGAGUGAGUGUAGUGAUGAAAUAACAGAACGUGAAGAAGUCCUGCAGAGACAUGAUUGUCUACUUGAUGAUUUGGGAGCGACAAAAGAAGUUUUAGCGCAGUUGCAAAACUUACUUUUGAAUGGUUGCACACCGGAGGAAGAAUACGGCAUGGAAUCACCGAAAGACGAAUCUUAUCAAGAACAAUUGAUUAUGAAAAAUAUUAUUUUGGACCACAAGAACGAAGAAUGCGACGACUUAAGGGCUCAACUAAACGAGUUGAAAGAAAUCAAUAUGACUUGGGGUGGUGAAAAGACUGGCCUAGAACUACGUGUAUCUCAACAAGAGCAACUUAUUUUGUCUCUAAAAUCCAAACUUUUGCACUACGAGAUAUCGAAGAAGAAUACUCACGAACAACAACUCGAAUCCUUACUUCGCGAAAGAGACCGGGAGCUACAACUUUUGCACGAAGAGUUGACUAAGCGAGACGAUAUUAUACAUCAACAAACCGCGGAAAUCGAUACUUUGAGUAACGAUGUUGUCAGUAAAGCGAGAAUCGAGGCGAAUCUCCAUGCAAAACUUGAGGUGAGUGAGUCCAUGGUUAGCAGUCUUCGCUUACAAGUAAAAGAGUUAACAGAGAGAAUGCAUACAUCAUCGCUGACAGAAAGAAGUUUUAACAAAGUUGGAAGCAACGUAGGAAACAUUACCAAUAAAAUCAAUGAAGCAAAGUUUCAAAAGGAUAAACAAAAGAUAUCUCGAGAGCAUGAUAAUAUGAAAACCACGUUAAAUAACAUUCGACGUCAUUUCAAAGAUGAAGACCCAGUACAACAUGCUUUUGAAAGUAUGGAACAUAGUAUGUCAUCUUUGAUUGAUACAAUCUCUAUGAUGGAGAGCAAUGUUAAAAACGAGGAUAAUCGACAACUCAGUGCGCCUAAAGUAUCCACCGUCAAUGUCAAGAGUCCAGCUAGUUCUGAUUCAGGUUAUGACCAUAAUGCAAAUUUCAACCUCGAAGGAGGAGAACAAGUAAAAAUUGUAUAUUUUCUCGGAAAAUCGAUUACACCAGUACUUAAAACAAGUGAUAUAGGGUUGGGCUUCUUCACGCUGAGGGAUUUUAAACAAGUUGUUAAAAGACCUGGACACUACCGAUAUUUCUUCAAAUCUGUUGAUAAAGAUUUUGGCUUCGUCAGAGAGGAGCUCUUGUUCGACGAUGAUAUUGUUCCUGGUAGCGAGAACAAGAUAGUAGCCUGGUUGGAAAAAAGUCUUGGGGAAGACGUGUGAUGAAAAAAUCCAAAUUUCUUUUAUUUUUAUCGUUUGACGACCAACUUUUAUUUAUAUUUUUAAACUGUACAAUUUAUUACUAUGCUUUGUAAAUAGACUUUUAUACUUCUAGUUGCAAAGAUAAUUUAUUCUCGUACUGACAACGAGGCUGAGCUGUAAAUAUUUGCAGAAAGCUAAUAAUAUAUGUUAUAUAUUUCUAAA